AUGUCUACCCAUCCUACUUCAUUUGCAAAUAAUGGAGGAACUAUAAAAAAAAAGGGUUGGUUUUUCAAAAGUUUUGCAUUUGAGGCCUUCUUUGCUAAGCAUGUCCGCCACCUUGUUCUGCUCCCUGAAGAUGUUGUUAUUUCUUUGGAGCCAAAUGGCCCAGAAGAAUUGAAGGAGGACAACAUCCCAAAGAAUGAGGUUGUUGUACUCUUUGGUGGAAACACAGUUCCAGGUUUUAUGCCAAUUCCCAGGGAGAGCAUGGUUCUAUCAAGCUUAUGCAUUGAGGAAGAAGGAAGCAGGAACAAGAGGAAGUUUGUAUCUAAGCUUCCUCUAGGAACUCCUACUAAUUCACAUGUGCCGUCUCUUGCGGAGUUUCCAAGAUAUGAAUUAUUAGAGAAAGCACCUAAAGGAGGCACUCUUUUUGAGAUUGACCCAUUGAAGGGCGGGUGUCCUCAGUUUGAUGCGGAACAAAAAAUGGAAACGCCACCAGAUAUAGAUUGGGAGGAUACGAUAACUACUCAACUUCUUGAGCUUUUAACCCAAAAUAUUUCCACAAUUUUUCAGAGCGCAGUCAAGAGGAUUGCCAACUGUGGAUACAGUGAGGAAAUUACUGAAAGGGUUAUCUUGAGAAGUGGCAUUUAUCAUGGUAGCAAAGAUGUUGUCUCAAAUGUUGUCGAUGGUGCCUUGGCUUUAUUGAGUAGGGAAAAGGUUUUCGAUAUCAGUAGACCUGUUGUAUUUGUAGAAUUACCGUUCUUGGUUUAUUACACAUUGCUGGAGAUGGUAUGUGUGCUGAGAGAGGUUAAGCCAGCUUUGCCAGUUGUAGAAGCAAUGUGGUGGCUAUUAAUAUUGGACUUGAACCUCGUACAUGCAUGUGCAAUGAAAGGCUAUCAUCUGUUGUCAAAACCUUUUACCCCAAUUGCUCAAAACUUAAAGUCCAAAGUUCUUGUUGCUAGUGCAACCCCUCAAGAACCUGAGUCUAAAAAUUCACAUGUUUGUCAAGUGGUAAAAGGAAAAGAAAGUUCCACACCUUUUCCAAAAGCAGAGGCUAAAUCGAAAGCAGCAGUUUUAGAAGACAAAUCGGGGGCCGCUCAAAAGGCCCUGAAUUCCAAGAAGGAUUUGCAUUGGCAAAAGACAUAUCAGUUUGAGAAGAACCGCAGAAUUUGUACAGGUAAAAACAUUAAGGCAAACAUGACUGCCUGGGGUAAUUUGGAUUUGGACAAGAAACUGAACUCGUCUUUUUCUGAUGCAACAAAGAAGAGUUCGCACUCUAAAGUAAAAACUUCGGUUAAAUGCAAUCAACCAUUAGAAAAAGCAAGUUUUGAUAGUCCAUGCCCUUCCUCAUCCAUUGCACCUGCAAGGAAAUAUGUUCCUCAAAAUCAACGAGAUGAAACUAUAUUGUUGCGAACUUCCCGUUUGGAGACACUGAAGAAAGAGCUCCAAGGAUGGUUUGAUUGGGCAAAUGAAAAGGUAAUGCAGGCUACCCGGAGGCUUGGCAAGGACAAGGUUGAGCUUAAACUGAUUAGGCAAGAAAAAAAAGAUGCUGAAAAAGUUCACCAGGAAAAGCAAAUACUGGAGGAAAACACCAUGGAGAGGAUUAUGGAGAUAGAGCAAAUGUUGGUAAAUACUAAUUCCAUGAGUGAGACAAUUAAUUCUCUUCUUAACACUUUGGAGAUGGAUAAUGUUGGACUAAAGAAGGAUAUGGAGAUCGUAAUGCUCUCUACCUGUAAGCAUGCUAUGAACGUGAAAAAUGUUUUAGCAAAAGAGCAGGACGCAAUGAAGAAGUGUGAAGCAGCAGACACAGAGAAACGCUCAUUUGAAGAAGAUUUAUCUACUAUCAAGCUAAACAAAACUUCUUUGUAG